UGGGAGGAUGAGGCGGACAUGAAGCUCGGUACGACAAAUCGUGUGUUCCUUGCCCGACUUGCAUCGUCAUAUACUCAAACGACAAGAUGGUGGAGCUACGCACCCCUCGCAAGACCUCGAAGGCGUCCAAGAUGGAUGCGAAUGGUGAAACCGCCUCGCUGAAGAAGAGAAAGAGAGAGCCCAAGGAAGAGACGACCGCUUCGCAAAAAAGGCAACGAUCGAAACCAAAGACCCAGCCUGCUGCCGCCAAUGGCAAUGUUGACGAUACUACCGACUCCCAAGAAAGCACCCUUUUCGAGAACAAAGACCUGCAAACGGCCAAUGGCGAUUUGGAACUUACGGAUGCUUCGAAUACCUUGACGACGCGCAACACAUCGGCAUGGAAGGUGUCAAAUCCUAUGGGCGGCCGCAUGCUCGACAUCGAUCCCAUAUUCUCCUUGGAUGAACGAUACCUCCUUAUCACCUACAACACAUCAAUUCAAGUCUAUUCCACUGAGGAUUCCCUGCUCGUCAGGAGGAUCUCCCUUCCCAUCACCAAGCUCGACAGCGGCGCCGAACUUUCUUCUCCCCACAUCGUCGCGUCUGCGCUAUCCGCCAGCGCACCCGAAUUCCUCUGGGUUGCAUGCUCAGAUGGCCGUAUCUGGCACCUCAACUGGGCAACAGGCGAAGGCGCCGAAACACCCUUCACGAUUGACGUCAAGAAAGUCCUCGACAUGACCGUCGAGUCGGUCGACAUUCGCGACAAGCAAGAAGAUGUCCUUUUCAUUCUCCAGAAGUUGACCAAAUCCUCGGCGCAAAUCGUGGCCUACGACCUCAAGGCCCUCCGUAAGAAGACCGGCAAGCUUAUCCACACAUACGACGAGAACCCGCAAUUGCUUCGUUCCGCUGCUGGUGGCAGACUCAUUGUUGCUGCCGCGAAGGAGACGCUACACAUCGGCACUUUGAAGUCCAAGGGAAAGACCGUCAAGGCGGUUGAUGACCUCGAAUACGCGUUCCACUCUUUCGGCGUGCCGGAUUUGGUCACUUGCCUCGACAUUCGUCCGACUCUCCAAACAACUAAGAAGGGUGGCAUAGAAAUCCAGUUCGUUGAUCUCGUCAUCGGAUGCGCUCGCGGUGCCAUCUACGUUUAUGGUGACCUUCUCUCGAAACUACCCGGCAGCGCGACCAAGGGGGGUCCUAUUCAGCCCCGCAAGCUACAUUGGCACCGCAGGGCCGUCCACAGCGUCAAGUGGUCUGAAGAUGGUAACUAUCUGAUAUCCGGCGGUGCCGAAACCGUACUCGUUUUGUGGCAGUUGGAUACCGGCAAGAGGGAGUUCUUACCUCACCUUUCAGCAACUAUUGAAAACAUCGUCGUUUCCCCCAAGGGAUCAUCCUACGCUCUCCACCUCGACGACAAUUCUGCCAUGGUGCUCUCGACCGCUGAGAUGAAGCCCACGACCUACGUUUCCGGCAUUCAGUCUUUGGUUCUCAGCGACAAGCCGUCGAAGGAGUCUCUGGUGCGCCGUGUCUGGAGAUCUGUCGACGAAAUCUCAACACCCUUGAUCACUACCAGUAACCCUACCAACCCUUCACAAAUAUUCCUCUGCGUCGGCAAUGGGCAGCAGGCCAGCUCGACAGGAAAUGCACCGUCCACACCACUUAUCCAAGUUUUCGACGUCUCCUCGUUUCAGGGCGUUAGCAAGCAUCCCAUUGCGCGCACCAACCCUACCGAUACCAACAUGACAAGCCAGGGUGCGCCAAUCAUUGAGCCUAGAGUCACCAAGAUGGCCUUUUCCCACGAUGGGAAAUGGCUUGCGUCGGUAGAUGAGUGGCAGCCACCUGAGAGGGACCUUGAGCCUCUCUUGACUGGCUCAAAGACCCCAUGCGAAGUUUCGCGGGAAAGACGGGAGAUCUACCUCAAAUUCUGGGAGAUUGAAGCGGAGGAUAACUCGUUGCAGCUCGUUUCGCGCAUCAACGAGGCACACUUCACAACAGAGUCCGAGACCAUCCUGGAUGUGGCCAGCGACCCCAUUUCAUCUCGAUUUGCUUCUCUUGGCACUGACGGUGUAGUACGUUUCUGGAGCCCCAAGCUGCGCAGGAAAGACGGUUUGGCGUCAACCGGUCCCGAAGGCCAACAGCUUCGAACAUGGUCAUGCUCUCGGGCUGUUGAGCUCCCUGCUUAUGGGCAACUGGAAGAGGCGGUAGAAGUUUCUCCCAAGACCCCUCGCAGCGGUGCCCUUGCCUUCUCUGAAGACGGCUCUGUGCUCUUUGCUGCCUACGGCCCUUCAUCCGGAGCUGUUGUUGUAGUUAUCGAUACGGCGACCGGCGCUAUUCGUGACACCAUCCCCGAUUUGUCUAGGGGUGAUAUCCGGGGUGUCGAGGCCGUUUCUUCGUCUUUGAUCAUCCUUUCGGAGGAUCUCACGGUCUACGACAUCGUGUCAGAUGAAGUGCAGUACAGCUUCGCCCUGAAGGAGACUUCAGAGGCUGCCAAGCAGAUGACCCAUUUGGCGGUCAACCGGGAGUCCCGAUCCUUUGCUGUCGCUGCCCCUAUCCCCAACUCUAGCCAGGAGAAGUUGAAGAAGGGCGCAAAGUCAGAGCUUGUUGUCUUCUCGGUCGAUGAGGAAGUGCCUCAACUGAUUCAGAUGUUCCCUCAGGUCAUCACUGCGGUCCUCCCUGCUACCAACUCGGCUGGCUUCGUCGCAGUUGACUCUGCUGCCCAGAUCUGGUCCAUCACUGAAAGCGGAGAGCAGGCGCAAAUGCUUCAGCCUCUGGCGGAUCUCAACAUGGAGGAAAGUGCCAGUGCCGUAGCCCCAGUGGAUCAUGCGGUUGAGGACGGCGAGGCAAGCGACGAGGAGAUGCAGGACGCGGACGCGGAUGUUGGGAUGGAGGAUGAUGACUACGAUGUCCAUCAGGCUGUCGUCGCUCCCCAGAAGCUGGCCGAGAUCUUUAACGCUGCGCCUGCAUUCGCUAUGGCCCCCAUUGAGGAUAUCUUCAACCAGGUCGCCUCAUUAUUCUCCACGAGGCCUUCUACAAUCUAAACUCAGGACGUAUCUAUUGCUAGAUCUCGCAUCUCGAGUCGGCCCGUCUCACGUGUGAAGAUCAUGCGAGAACCGCACAAGUCGGUCCAGUUGCGUAAAGGAGGCAAAACCGAUAGUUCGCAGGGUCUACAGAGUUUGAUGGAUAAUUUCGAUUCAUCCCUUCGCCUGCGCACCUGCUCAUCGUGCCUUCGAAAGCUCAAGGCCGGGGGCACCAGGAGUCAUAACGUCUUGGAGUU